UCGUCGACAGAAAAACAGAAAAGAAAAGAAAAGGUUAAGCAGAAUCAUUAGAAAUGGCAUGCAAGAGCUUUUGCAUUCUCAGCCUCAUUACUUUUGUUCUUGUAAUCAGCAAAACAAAUGUUAAUUGCAUAGAAACUGAUGCAGUUGAUCCUAUUAUCGAUGUUGCUAAUCUGAAUCGGGAUAGUUUCCCACCGGGUUUCAUCUUUGGGGCUGGAUCCUCUUCAUACCAGUUCGAAGGUGGUGCAAAAGAAGGUGGUAGAGGACCAAGUGUUUGGGAUACUUUCACCCAUAAAUUUCCAGAUAAGAUACUGGACAAAAGCAAUGGAGAUGUGGCUAUAGAUACAUAUCACCGUUAUAAGGAAGAUGCUAAAUUUAUGAAGAAUAUGAACUUGGAUUCAUACAGAUUCUCGAUUUCUUGGUCCAGGAUUCUACCAAAUGGAAAGUUAAGUGGAGGUAUAAAUCAAGAAGGAAUUGACUACUACAACAAUGUCAUCAACGAACUAUUGGCUAAUGGUAUAAAACCACUGGUAACUCUUUUUCAUUGGGAUCUUCCACAAACUUUAGAAGAUGAAUAUGGUGGCUUCCUAAGUCCUCUCAUAAUCAAGGAUUUUCGGGAUUAUGCUGACGUUUGCUUCAAGGCAUUCGGAGAUAGAGUUAAGCAUUGGGUUACACUGAACGAGCCAUGGACUUACAGCAUUAAUGGCUAUGCAAAUGGAACAAUGGCACCAGGACGUUGUUCUAGUUGGGUAAAUCCAAAUUGCGUUGGAGGGGAUUCUGGUACAGAGCCCUAUAUAGUUUCACACAACCAACUUCUUGCUCAUGCAGCAGCUGUUCGUGUAUACAAGACCAAGUACCAGGCAUCACAGAAGGGUUUGAUAGGCAUUACCUUGGUAUGUAAUUGGUUCAUACCAUUUUCAGAUACCAAAUCUGAUCAAAAAGCUGCUGAAAGAUCGGUGGAAUUCAUGUAUGGAUGGUUUAUGGAUCCAUUAACAACAGGAGAAUAUCCGAAAAGUAUGCGAUCUCUUGUGAAAUCACGGUUACCAAAGUUUACUGCGGAGCAAGCUAGGUUACUGAUUGGUUCAUUUGACUUCAUUGGCAUAAACUACUAUUCUUCAAUAUAUGCCUCUGAUGCACCUCGUUUGAGCAAUGCUCCACCAUACUAUGUAACUGAUUCUUUAGUCAUUUCUGACUUUGAGCGUAAUGGGAAGCCCAUAGGUAUAAAGAUUGCUUCUGAUUGGUUGUAUGUUUGUCCAAGAGGAAUUCGUGAUCUUGUAAUGUAUACCAAAGAAAAAUAUAACAAUCCUUUGAUUUUCAUAACUGAAAAUGGUGUAAACGAAUUUAAUAAUGACCAAACACUGUCAUUGGAGGAAUCUCUGUUAGAUACUUACAGAAUUGAUUACUAUUACCGUCAUCUUUUCUAUCUUCGUUCUGCAAUUAGGGAAGGUGCAAAUGUGAAGGGAUAUUAUGCUUGGUCUUUAUUUGACAAUUUUGAAUGGUCGAUGGGUUAUACUGUGCGAUUUGGAAUGACAUAUGUGGAUUACAAAAAUGGUUUGAAAAGAUACGAGAAACUUUCUGCAAUAUGGUACAAGAAUUUUCUCAAGAAAAACAACAGACUUUUCAGUUCCAGUUAGUGAUAUUGUAGUUUUUUUUUUUUUUCUAUCUUUGAGCUUAGAGAUCAGAAGAUGGAGUGAUAUUAGUUGAUUCAUUUGUUCAAUAUUUGUAUAUCAUUAUUUGUAUUUAUUCUAAACAAGUCUUGUUCAUAUAUAUAGAAAGCAUAUGGGAAAUGAAGAUAUGAAUACAAU